UUCCAAUUCAAAUACAAAUGAUGAAAGCCGCGUGUACCAUAUGAUGUCUUCCUCCUUUCCGAGCUCCAGAACUCUCCCCCUCGGGGCUUAAGCGGUUCUGUUGCGACGAAGAGUCGGAAGCAUGAAAUAAGCGUUCGACACACCUCGACCUUGUUAUACAUCGGACGCGAGACGGCCACUCUGAUAUACCCCAUAUUUGAAUCUGCAGAAGGAAGCCUUCGACCCCCUCCCUGCCUCCCUCUCUCUCUUCUCUCUCCCCCCUCCCUGUUCGUCUUCGCGUGUUGAUCCCACCCCUCUAUCCCGGGUUUUCGUGUCGAAUUCUUUCUGUUGCUGUCUUCCCGGCCUCUCCUCGCUUAGCACACCUAAAGACUGUGUAUUAGCGUCGCGUUAGCGAUCAUGCCUACCGACAUCUUCCCGAGACCUUCUGUCGUCUGUCCCACUGCCUGAUGUAUGUAGCAAGCCAGGUUCUCUUAGCGCAUUGCGUCCGAGCCGGUGGACGUGCGCGAUAUGUGUCUUGGGUCCGUCGAUAGGAAUCGACAGACCAUCUCUACCUCCUCCCUGGCGUGGCGGUUUGCUCUGCAUCCCACCUCUGGACGCCAGCUCCUAUUUGUUAGGCCAGCCAGCGUAGGCGAUCUCAUGUUAGCACUCGUCCGCCCCGGACCGCCUCAUGCUCUCUUCUGGGUAGACGUCCGUCGGAGUGCAGGUGCUUUGCCACAGGCGAAUAGAGCCGUACGUAGACAUGCGCAGCAGCAAUGUAUACCUAUAUUUUGGUCCCACGUACUCUGCCUCCUAAUGUUACCUGAUACAGCAUACAUGUGCAUCUCCCCUGUUCGUACGUACACUAGGCACGUACCUCGGGCAGUGGCCAGUGGCCAUAACCGGGCGUGGAGGUGCUUUGCGUGGGCUGGGGAGGAUGGGCGGUAUUUGCAUCUCUUACGCAGAACCUGCCGCUGGCCAAGCUGUGUAUGCGUGCACAUGUGUCCACGAACCUCCCAAUCUGGCUCGGUGAUACCUGAUAGGUACCCAACGCAGCUGGAUUAGGGUCUGCCGGUUGCAUGUACAUGUGCCGGGUUCGAUGUUAUGAUGAGAGGCGCAGCGUCAUACUUCUCACGCACGGAUUCCACCGAAUAUGAGCCCGCAGGGGGACCGGUGCCAUUGAUCGCUAUGGCAGAUCCAUCCGUCAGAUCCACGUAGGCACAUAAUACCUACGGACAGGACGGUGGUAGCUGUGGCAGGCCCAGGGCUACCUGAUAGCAAUCACACCUUGUGAUGCACAUCAGCAUAAAGAGGAGGUAGGUAGACGUAGGUGUACCUGUAUGGGAUGACUUCGUCCCGUCCGUGAGUCCGAAGGUUGAGAUGUUGAAAUGGGCAGGUUAGGUGUAGGUACCUAAGGCGAUAGA